CCCAGCUCCUUUUGAAAUAGGGAUUUCCGAGGAGCACUUGAAAGCAGCAUGAGACUGCCACUCAGUCAGAAGUUCGCACCGAAGUUCACGGCGCCGUUUGCAGCGUGUGUCCGCCAGGGGGCGCACUUCGUGGGGGGAGCGAGAGAGAGAGAGAGAGAGAGAGGCUCAAUCCAAACCGUCCACUCCGCUUCUCCUCCUCGUACCAUGAGCUGAAUCUGUCCGGGACAGACCAGGGAAGAUGGCGGCCACUGACCAUUCCCGGUCCGAAGCUGCCAAACAGCGACGGCAGGAUCAGCUGCAGCGAUGGCUGGGCUCGGAGACCGAUCAGACUGGAUGGGAGGCCCGGGGAAACUUGAGCGGUUCAGGGACGCGGCGGGCGAAAGUUCGAUUCGCCCAAGGAGCUGUGUUUAUGGCCGCCUGCUCCGCCGGAGACCGGGAGGAGGUGGCGGCGUUACUCCGGCAGGGAGCUGACAUCAACCACGCCAACAUAGACGGACUGACAGCGCUUCAUCAGGCCUGCAUUGAUGAAAAUGCUGAGAUGGUGCAGUUUCUGGUGGAGAGCGGGAGUGACGUCAACAGAGGAGACAACGAGGGCUGGACUCCUUUGCAUGCUGCUGCCUCCUGUGGCUUCAUCCAGAUCGCUAAAUACCUGAUCGAGCACGGCGCUCACGUCGGGGCGGUGAACAGUGAAGGAGAACUUCCUCUGGAUGUGGCCACUGAGGACGCCAUGGAGAGACUCCUGAAAGGGGAAAUCAAAAAACAAGGAAUAGACGUGGACAAGGCCAGAAAGGAGGAGGAGAGGAUCAUGCUCCAGGACGCCAUGGCAGUGCUGGCAGGAGGCGGCACUCUCACACCUCACCCAAACACCAAGGCAACCGCUCUGCACGUCGCCGCUGCCAAAGGCUACAUCGAAGUCCUGAAGGUGCUGUUGCAGUGUGGGGUGGAUGUGGACAGCAGGGACACCGACGGGUGGACUCCCCUGCAUGCAGCAGCUCAUUGGGGGCAGGAGGAGGUGUGCACCCUGCUUGCUGACAACAUGUGCGAUAUGGGUGCUGUCAACAAUGUGGGCCAAACACCUCUGGAUGUCGCAGACGAGAACCUCGCGGACACUCUGGAGGAGCUACAGAAGAAACAGAACGCUUUACGCAGCGAGAAAGAGAAACAGACUCCUGUUAUUGAGACUAGCCCGCCAAUCUCCAUGGUACCAGUUCGCCCGCGCAGGACUUCUAUCUCUCGUAUGAGCAGCAAGGAGAAGAUCUGCCUCCACGAGCGCGAGAAGCACCCGCCCCCCGCCCUGCCGAGCAGCCCGGCCGAGGAUGAGGAGGAGGAAGGUCAGACGGGACAGAGCCAGUCUCAGAGCCAGGGGAAAGCGUCCAGCAGCUCCAGCUCGGAGGAGGAGAGCGAAUCGGAGAGCGACGCCGAGUCAGAGAAAGCGAAAAACCGAGAGAUCAUCAACAACUUGAACAACAAACGCAACGCCACCAGCCUGCUUCCUACCUCCAUGACGACGAGUACUGCUGCAAGCCAAGUGAAAAAGCAGGACCCGAGCAAGCUCCCAACCACCGAGGCCCCAGGAUCCUGGAGAACGUCUUUGAGAAAGGCGGGCAGCUCGGUGACUCUGGGCUCAGCUGGACUGUCCGAUUUCAGCCAAGACUCCAGCCGACCUCCAGAGACCACCCUGGGUAUGACCCGCUCUGCAUCCAGCCCCCGCCUCAGCUCCGAGGCCGACACUAAGGAGCCGAGGCUCGCCCGGGUACCGCCCAUCCCAACACGGAGACUCUUCAGUAUUCCAGACAGCAGCCCUGACAACUCCAACAGUUGGCUAAGCCGUAGCUCCUCUUACACCCGACGCCUUCAUAGUCAAUCAGGGAAUGAUCUCACUAGUUCCACCCCCUCUUUGCUUCACAGUUCAUCUUAUGGAAAGAGACUGGAUGACCCCACCGUAACCUCAGCUAGCACAGGAACAAGCUCUGCUGGACUCAGCCGCCUUAAUAGUGUCUUGGGCCAGAGAGUUCCUCAGGAACAGACAGAAAAGAAGGAUCAGUCUGCCGUCUCCAACUCUCGAGGCACGACCGCAGGCGAACAGGAGUCCAAGCAGAGGCGCAAAUCAUACCUGACACCGGUGCGGGAUGAGGAGGCAGAGGCACAGAGGAAGGCUCGCUCCCGACAUGCACGGCAAUCCCGCCGCUCCACUCAGGGGGUGACGCUAACAGAUCUGCAGGAAGCGGAGAAGACGAUGAAGACGGACAACAAAGGGAGAGAAAAGAAGGAGGAGGAAGAGAAGGAGAAAGAGAAAGAGAAGGAAGCAAAAGCAAAGAAGGGAGAGGAAGGGGAAGUGAGCUGGAGGUCUCGUAUAGCCAGUCUGCAGAAGUCUGACCUGCUGGGCCUCACGCAGCCCACCAGCGCUCCACGGUCUCAGACAUCUGACAAGAAAGAUGUUGAGGCCAGCACAGGGGAGAGUGAGACAGAGCGAUGGGCCAGGGAGCGCAGGGAGAGGAGACAAGCUCGGGCCAGAAGGAAGGCACAGAGGACCGGGGAGAGUGAUGACAAUGAUCCGAGUGGAGAGGAAGAGUUCUCAGGCAGUGGGCUGGAUCCACAGACAGUCCGACACCUUAGUUCCAGAUCGGACAACUCCUGUAACGACUUUACCCAGGGAGGAGGCUCAGAGAUGAAGGAUUUUAAGAAGUUGUUCGAGGAAGUCUCCAGAGAAAACAGUCAGCUCCAGUCUCAGCUGCAGGACACCCAGAGGAUUGUCAGUCAAACCAGGUUGGACCUGGAAAAGGCCACACAGAGACAGGAGCGCUUCACUGACUGCUCGGCCUUGCUGGAGCUGGAGAGGAAGGACCGGAGGAUGUUGGAGCGGCGAAUGGCAGAGUUGGAGGAGGAGCUGAAGGUUCUGGUUGACCUGAGAGCAGACAACCAGCGUCUUAAAGAUGAAAAUGGAGCACUGAUCCGUGUCAUCAGCAAACUCUCCAAAUAGACGGAGCACGAGAGAGAAAGACAGAGAGAAAGAGAGCGAGAGAGAGACACGAAGAGCAGGGAACCCCCUCCCUCUUACCCUCCAUCCAUCCAUCCCUCCCUCCUUCCACACAUUCCUCCCGGUGCCAAAGAGCGAGCGAGUGAGCGAGAGGGGGAGAAAAGCAGCAGAAUGUCCUACGUACAUGAACACCACAGUUUUGACUUGGAUUGUGAUGCCUCUCUGUGAACAGCUGGAGUGGCUUUUGUGUGCCUUUUUUUUUUUUUUUUUUAAUGCCCAUUUGUCACAGGAAGACCUACGGCAUGAAGGCCUGUGGCUACGGUCAGAGGCUCCCACAAGAAGCAAUAUGAGACUUGACAACAGCCAGAAUGCCCACGGCUGGUGCAACACACGAAAAAACACAACAUCUAAUACGACUGUGCAUCAGGGGAACACUAACAUGCACACACAUUCCUAUACGUGCAUCGCAUACUUCCUCUACGCACAUUCCACGAGCGCACGAGGCAGCUUGGGCCUUAAUGCUCUCACUUUUGUAUUUAUUUUUUUUUUGUGAACACACUCACGUCACACAUUCACGAAUUUACCCCACUCACAGUUCAAAUGUUAGGUGUUGUUGAGCAGUAAAGGUUUUGGUGUAGUUCUUUAAAGAAAAAAAGGAAAAAAAAAAAAACCCAGCUCAGAAAUCAGGCUCUGUCUUUACAUUCAGCAACAUCCUGACGACGAGGGGGGGGGGGGGGCCAUGAAGCUCUGUUGGGUUGUUUUGUUUCCACAUGCAAGUUGUGUUUGAACCCACCUACCUCUCCACCUAUGCACUUCCCCACAUACAUUUCUUUUAUUUUUGUGACCACAGACACACUCCAUGCUCUUAAGAAGAAACAAAUGGCCGCAGAACCAGGUCAGUCGACCACAGCACUUUACUCUCUGCAAAGAAAUAAAAAGAUUUGCGAGGCUUUGCCCCGUCCUCCAGACAGACAAACUCACUUCAGAGUCAGCGUCCUUCUCACUUCUCACAGCAAGUCGAAGGGAGAAGUUAACCCGUAGCUGAAGGUCAACGAUCAUUGCACAAAUAUAGAAAUUGCUGUUUCCGUCAAAGCCUAUUAUUCUAUGAAUGGUUUUAACUAUUACCAUUGAUAAAGACAUUAUUUUCAUAGUUUUUCAUUGUCAGUUCCUCUCUUGCAAGGGAGCAUGGUUAUGUAUAUUAUCUGUGUAUAAAUAUUAGUCUUGAAUAAUACCCUUUUUGAAGUAAAAUUCCAUGUAGCCUUUCUUCACAUGUUGGUUUUCUAAUAUAUUGAAUGGAUGUCUGCACCCUAAUAAUAAUAAUAAUAAAAA